AUGCCGUACCUUGGACGAGAGAAAGGACGUAGUUCGAGAUCCCGCAGGUCAGACGAUGAAUUCGUCGUGUUUCUCCAAGGAAUCCCCGCACACUGCCGCUGGCAAGAGUUGAAAGACCUGGUGCGCCAAACUGCGCAGCAUAUCCGACAAGCCGUGGUAUACGAUGACAGCCACGGAUUCCCUACUGGAUUGGGUCAAAUCAUAGUCAAGAACGAAGACGAGGCGUGGCGGACUUAUCACCGGUUAUCAACCAACGGAUGGGAGGGCCAAAGUUUGGUCGUUACCUUAGCACGGACCAAUGCUCCUACAAAGGCCAUAGCUGGUCCUACCAGAAGCCCACCGGCCAUGAUUCAGAGCUCUAUACCCGGCCAUUCGACUCCACCUCGGCCGGGCAGUGUGGCCAUGCCUCCGUCGCCAAUCUCACCCGAGUCUACCCAAUCUCCGAGCACGACCUUCUCAUACCCCUGUGACUAUGGUCACCUGAUGAGUCCCAUGUCAAUGAACUCUCAUCAAUUCUUUCCCAUGAUGCCAGAUCCUCACAGCCAGCCCAUACAAUGCUUCCCGCCAUCCCCAAUGAUGCACUGCACCACGUUUGAUCCUCCAGCCUGGAACAUGAUGCCUAUGUAUCCGAUAUACCCCAUGUCUCCAAUCCCGCAACUCCCAGAGUCGACCGACAACGUGUACUCCCUCCCACACCCGCGUCAACCCUGGGCCAAAGACUCAGCCACCAUUUUGACACCGGAUCUCGCUCAGCGAGCAGUGGAUAUCAAGAACCUCCACACCAUGACCACGGCCUUUGACCUCGAGACUCUUCUCCAGGGCGUCGGAAUAGUUGAACAGUGCAAUGUGAGUGUAACCUACGAUGCAAAGCUGAGCCAAACGCAGGCACACGGGUCGGCAAUUAUGCAUAAUGUCGAGCAGGCGAGGAGGGCUGUUACGAUGCUCAACAAUAUGAUGUUCAUGGGUUCACGAAUUUGCGUGGAGAUGGAUACCAGGCCUACCGUGACACGAAGUGGGAGCUGGGAUGGGUCUAUGGGGCCCUCAGAUCCGGAUCUAUUGGAGCUCACUUCGAGGAUGAUGGGAUCCAAGUCUGCCAAGGCUAGACAGGAGACCUCUUCCAAGGACGUGGAGCUUUUUAGGCCACUUGUUGUUGAUGGAUCGGGUCAGAGCUCGUCAUUAGAGGUGUUGUCAACCUCUGCGCCUGUUUAG